AUGCUUGAUACGCUAUCAGAUCGUGUGUCACGAUCCAGGCUCCACUUGUUAAGGUGUUGUACGAGCGAUACGUCUGAAGAGCUCGCCAUGCUGAUGCUGAUCGACAUACUCUUAUUCGACUUCUCCUUAUAUUCAGAUAUCGGAGAUGGUAUUGAGCGGAUAUUGACUCUUGAAGUAGGCGUUAAUCCUCUCACAAAGGGUCCGUGUCUAUUCCAUGACAAGCAUUCACCAGUGUCGACUUGGCAUUCGCAUAGUCCAGCUUCCCGCCAUCUUGGCUAUCCACAACUCAGUGUUGGCAUUAUUUGUGGCUGUGCCGACAUUCAGAUGAACGGUUGUUUGGCGCAGUCGAAACAUGUUCCAAGACACGCUCUCGUUGACAUAGAUAUCCGCCCUGAGUUGUUCAGCAGUUCGCAUACCCCAAUCACACCAACAUUCGUCAGCACUUCUUGGCACGGCACGAAUUACCAGGAUAAGAAACUUCACCUGCUCUGUACAGAUCAUACUAAGGCACUUCGGUAG